UUCAUCUAAACACAUUUUGACUGAUUACAUUGUGACAAAAAAACAUGUCUUCAUCAAACAUCCCUCAUGUGGUGCUUCAAUCUUCUUCGAAUCAUCACAAGAUGCCUGUGAUCGGAUUUGGCACUGCGUCAACAUCUUCUCCUAUUGACACCAAAGAGACAAUGUUAGAAGCUAUCAAAUUAGGUUACAGACACUUUGAUACUGCUUCAAAAUAUGGCUCUGAAAAAUCCCUUGGAGAAGCUAUAGCCGAAGCACUUCAAAUUGGCCUCAUAGCUUCCAGAGAUGAACUCUUCAUCACUUCCAAACUCUGGUGUACUGAUAACUUUCCUUGUCUUGUUCUUCCAGCUAUCUACAAAACGCUUGAGUCUUUGAAGUUGGAAUAUGUGGAUCUUUAUUUAAUUCACUGGCCCAUUUCUGUGAAACCUGGAACUUGGGAUUUUCCUUUUCCUGAAGAAGCCCUAACAUCAUUUGACUUAAAGGGUGUGUGGCAAGCAAUGGAGGAGUGUCAAAAGCAAGGCCUUACAAAAUUAAUUGGAGUCAGCAAUUUCAGUUGUCAUAAACUUGAAAAUCUUCUCUAUUUUGCUACUAUUCCUCCUUCUGUCAAUCAAGUUGAGUUGAAUCCUACUUGGCAGCAAAAAGAGUUGAGAGAAUUUUGUGAAGAGAAGAAUAUAAUUGUAACUGCGUACAGUCCUUUGGGAUCAGGAAACUUCUGGGGUUUGAAUAAUGUAAUGGACAAUGAAUUGCUCAAACAAAUUGGAGAAGCUCAUGGCAAGUCUAUUGCUCAGGUAUCUCUUAGAUGGUUGUAUGAGUUAGGAGUAACUAUCGUGGUUAAGAGCUACAACAAGGAGAGAAUGAAGCAAAACUUGGAAAUAUUUGAUUGGGCAUUGACAAAAGAUGACUAUGCAAAAAUUGAUGAAAUCAAGCAAAGUAGGAUGUGCAACCUUGGACCAGAAAUUUGGGAUGACGAAAAAUAAUGCAAUGCUAUGAAUGUUAUUUGAAACACCUAGUUUACUUUCUUAUGAACUUUCCUUUCAUCAUAAAUUUUAGAUUUAAUAAAAUAUGUUUUUCAUAAAAUCAUAUGUUCUAUCAUUUGCUACAUGAAUCUAAUCAAAACUAUUCGCUUUA